AUGUCGGCAGCUGCAGAGACGACCAAGAAGGCCGCGGCCUCGGCCACUGAGGCGCCCAAGCAGGAGGCAUUUGGCGAUGUCAUCCUGACCAAGUACAAGACGGCCGGUGACAUCACAGCCAAGGCGAUCAAGACGACGAUUGAUGCCGUCCAAGAGGGAAAGACGGUGCUGGAGAUCUGCAAGACGGGCGACAAGGCCAUUGAAGAGGGCGUGGCAGCGGUGUACAAGAGCGACAAGAAGCUUGCCAAGGGAUCGGCCUUCCCCACGACGGUUUCGAUCAACCAGAUCAUCUGCAACUUUGCCCCGCUGGCUUCGGACGAGGCCUCGUCGCAGAAGCUCAAGGCUGGCGACGUCGUCAAGAUCCAGACGGGUGCCCACAUCGAUGGCUACGCCACCGUUGCGGCCGAAACUGUCGUCGUUGGCGCUUCCAAGUCUGCCCCCGUCGAGGGGCCCAAGGCCGAUGCGCUCAAGGCCGCUUGGACUGCCGCCGAGACUGCGAUCCGGGUAAUGCAGCCCGGCAAGACGAACCACGAGGUGGCCAAGGAGAUCGAGGCUUCCAUCAGAGAGUUCCAGGGGAUCCGCGCCGUGGAGGGCAUGCAGACGAACCAGAUGGACAAGGACGUCAUUGACGGCAAGAAGAAGAUCGUCCUGGCUGCCGAGUCUCAGUCGAGGCCUGACGCUUGCAAGCUUGAGGAGAACGACGUCUUUGGAGUUGACAUCCAGGUUACCACGUCUGAGUCGGGCAAGCCGAAAUCGGACGAGGCGAGGACGACCAUCUACAAGAAGACGGGUUCGACGUACCUGCUCAAGAUGCAGACGUCGCGCAAGAUCUUUUCAGAGGUGCAAAAGGUCGCUGGCGCCUUUCCCUUCAACAUUGGCGUCCUCGAGGACGAGAAGCGGGCGCGGAUGGGCCUGCAGGAGUGCGUCAACCACUCGCUCGUCACACCUUUCGAGGUUCUGUACGACGGUAAGGACGGUGCCAUCACGGCGCAGAUCUUCUUCACCGUUGCCAUCAGCAACAAGGGCGCUAUCAGGUUGACGCCUGCGCCGACGUGGUACAACGAGGAAGUUGUCAAGUCGUCGCAGUCGGUCAAGGACGAGAAGCUGGCCGCGCUCCUCAAGGAGCCGGUCCGACAAAAGAAGGCAAAGAAGCCCGCUGCCGCCGAUGGGAAGACGGCUUGAUAGGGUAAAAGUGAGGAGCCUCACAUGGGCAACGACGUGAUGAUUCCGUUUUCAUUGCAAAUAAGCCAUAGCAAGAGAGACAUGUGUAAUCCAUCCAGUUGUCAACCCAGUCACUCCAUCAUCUUCCCGGCUGCCUUGGUGAUGAGUUGGAGGAGUCGGUCGGCGGUUUGCUUCAGUUCCAAAGGACUCUUCUGCACCCAAGGUGUAAGGAGAAGUAGGUCAUCCGCCUCUUCCCCACCUUCGACUUCCUGCAAGGCAUCGUAAAAGUGGUCCUGCACGACGAUGUAGAGUGCGUCGGCCGUGGCGCCUCUGACUGUGGGAAAGGCAUGCAGGAGAAAGCUCUUGGCGUGCCCGAUCGAAUCACUGACGAUGCUUCUGCCCGGUGAGCCGGCAAAGCCAAUGAGUUCAAGCGUGAGCUGCAUCGAUGCGAGGACCCGCUGUGGGCUCUUGAUCUUCUCGAUGGAUCGAUUGGCUAGCGUCAGAAGCUU